CGGUCUCCGCUGGGCUGGUCCGUCGCGCUUUAGCGUCCGGCUUCGCGGUCCUUUCAGAAAAGGCCGGCGAUGGCGGAUCCUCCGAGCCCGGAGAAGAGGCGCCUUUGGGGGCGGUUCCGCACCGGCCGCAUAGCUUCGUGGUGCAAGAGCCUCCUGCACGACUAUGCCGAAGCCUGCAAAGAGGUUGUUCUGGGUGUCAGGCAGCGGCCGGGGAAAGCUGGGCUCUACCUCUCGCUGCUGGCCGGAGCAGUGGGCUGCAGCCUCCACAGCCCCUGUGAGUCUUCCUUCGAGGCCAGCCUCCUGGAAGCCUCGGGCACCCUCCUCCUGCUCUCGCCCUGGACCCGCAGCAGCAGCUCGGAAGGUCAUGUACAGCGGCUGACGAAGCUGAGGAACCGAGGCCAGCUGCGCUUCCAGAGCCUGCUCUUCUUCGCCCUCAUGUACGAGGCUCCUUUUGAUGCAGGAGCAGAUCUCUACCAGGUGCACUGCAAGUACCUGAAGCCACGCUGGAUGGAGGUUCCCAGCCAAGUCCUCGAUGUGGGCUUCUGGGGGCGCUGGUGGGUUCUGCACUCCAAAAUGCGGGAUCCGGACAUUAAUGAGGAGGAAUUUCAACACCUGCCAGAGCAUCUCAGGACAAUUUCUUUCCAUAACCUCCAUUCGGAAGCCAACGAGAAACUUUUUGAUGAGAAAUACAAGCCUGUUGUCCUGACAGAGGAGCAGAUCCAGCAAACAGAAAGGGAGAGUCAUGGAAAUCGACAUCAUUGAUGUGCCUUGGUGGCUGUAGUUUAUCAUCUCCCUUUGGAGAUGGUGGAACAAAGAAAAAGAUCCGUUAGGAACAUGGUCUGUUUUCUUCUAGGAUCCUGAUUUUCACUGUAUUGUUCAUGUAGACUCAGGCAGGUAUGGUGAAUAAAUGAGUAAAAAAAGAAGAAGCACCCAUUCUCUUGAAUUUUUCUUUGAUUCCCUCUCCCUUUCAGUUCUUCACAUUUAAAUUCUCAGGAGCUGUACCUCCACAGGAGCUCUGUCCAAAGCUUAUUCUGAAGAUGUACAGUAUAGGGUUUGUUAUUCUCUUGACUUUUCUCCAAGCCUUCCCUUUCCUACAGUAUAUGCACUUGAAUAAUUAUUUUGUGAUACUGUUAGUGAGAAGCUGGGAGAUCUUCAGUUAUUAUAGUGCUGCCUAGCUUAAUAUUUUGUGGAAAUCUUCCAUCUGAGGUGAAAAAUAGUUCCUAGCAUCUUCCCAUGUGUGUCUGUUCAGAGGUAAGCCCCACUGAGUUCAUUAGGGUUUACUGUUAAGUACCUUUGUAUACUCGGGUGGCACUGUGGUCUAAACCACAGAGCCUAGGGCUUGCCGAUCGGAAGGUCCUUGAUUCGAAUCCCCGCCCUGCUCCUGCCAACCUAGCAGUUCGAAAGCACGUCAAAGUGCAAGUAGAUAAAUAGGUACCGCUCCGGCGUGAAGGUAAACGGCGUUUCC